UGAACCCCUUAGAUCCUCACCUCUCACGGGGAAAGGAGGGUCUUUUUAACACCCCCUCACCACCCCCCCAGACACACCUGGCUGUUCUGCAGCUACUGGAGAGGGAGAUGCAGAGUGAAUGGACUUCUGGUUUCUGGAGGAGGCGCAAGGGAAGAGAGGUUGGAAACUAACUCUGCCAGAAACUGCUGUGUUGGGGAUUCUUCUUUUCUUCCCUUUCAUCUCCACCACAAAACUUCCUCUUCCCUGGGCAUGGAGACAUGGGCUCUGCCUGGCAGAGAAACAGCUCCCUGAGACAGGAGGGCUGCUCAUUUUCCUGGGGCCCGCUGUUGUCAGCGAAGUAACGCAUGCAGAAUAACAGAAUGGUGUGUGGUGAGCAAGUGUGAAGUACAUGAGCUGUGAGUCAACCCCUCGCCGUCUGCCGGAAUCCAGCUGGCUCUGAAAUUGAGAUGAACUUUUAUUUCCAUUCAGCCACCGAAUUUUACUCUUGACUGGAAUGCAUCCUGGGAUGACCUCUUCAAAGAUGCGGGUGCCUUCCAGAGGCAGGGGCCUGCACCCAGGACACGGUUACUCCUGCUCGGGCAGCGCCUCAAGUCGGCUCCUGUCCGGCCCUGUGAAGACCUCGUCCAUCAAGGGCCUUUACUACCGCAGAGCCCGAAGGGUGGGCACCCUGGACGCUUCCCCGACUUCAGACCUGAAGAAGGAGAUCCUGGUCAACGUGGGGGGCAGGAGGUACCUCCUCCCCUGGAGCACGCUGGACGAGUUUCCCCUGAGCCGCCUGAGCAAGCUCAAGUUCUGCCGCAGCCACGAGGAGAUCGCUCAGCUGUGCGACGACUAUGACGAGGACAACCAGGAGUUCUUUUUCGACAGGAGCCCCAGUGCCUUCGGGAUGAUCGUGAGCUUCCUGGCGGCCGGCAAGCUGGUCCUCCUGCGGGAGAUGUGCGCGCUGUCCUUCCAGGAGGAGCUCACCUACUGGGGCAUCGAGGAAAGCCGCCUGGAGAAGUGCUGCCUGCGGACCCUGCUGAAGAAGCUGGAGGAGCUGACCGAGCUGCGCCGUGAGGAGGUGCUGCAGAGGCAGAGGGAGGCCUGUGGCCCGGCCGCCCACACCUCGCGCUGGGGGCUCUUCAUGAGCAGGCUGAGGGAGAUGGUGGAAAACCCACAGUCGGGACUUCCCGGGAAGGUCUUUGCUUGUCUCUCCAUCCUCUUCGUGGCCACCACGGCGGUCAGCCUGUGUGUCAGCACCAUGCCCGACCUGAGGGCCGAGGAGGACAAGGGUGAAUGCUCUCAGAAGUGCUACUACAUUUUCAUCGUGGAGACGGUCUGCGUCGCCUGGUUUUCCCUGGAGUUCUGUCUGCGGUUUGUGCAGGCCCAGAACAAGUGCCAGUUCUUCCAAGGACCCCUGAACAUCAUCGACAUCCUGGCCAUCUCCCCAUACUACGUGUCCCUCGUGGUGUCAGACGAGCCCCAGGAGGACAGCCAGCGGCCCGGCGGGGGCUCCUACCUGGAGAAGGUGGGGCUGGCUCUGCGCGUGCUGCGGGCGCUGCGCAUCCUCUACGUGAUGCGGCUGGCGCGCCACUCGCUGGGGCUGCAGACGCUGGGGCUGACCGUGCGCCGCUGCACGCGCGAGUUCGGCCUGCUCCUCCUCUUCCUCUGCGUGGCGGUCACCCUAUUCUCCCCUCUGGUCUACGUGGCCGAGAACGAGUCCGGGCGGGUCCUGGAGUUCACCAGCAUCCCGGCCUCCUACUGGUGGGCCGUCAUCUCCAUGACGACGGUGGGCUAUGGAGACAUGGUCCCACGCAGCGUGCCGGGUCAGAUGGUGGCCCUCAGCAGCAUCCUGAGCGGCAUCCUCAUCAUGGCCUUCCCGGCCACAUCCAUCUUCCACACCUUCUCGCACUCUUACCUGGAGCUCAAGAAGGAGCAGGAGCAGCUUCAGGCGCGCCUCCGCCGCCUGCAAAACGCCAGCUCCCUCAGUGAACAUGAACUCCUGGGUGAUGUCAACGACGAUCUGGAGGGGGCUGCCUCGCCCAUCAAAUAUAUGUAACUCAAAACCUUCGCAGAAAUGCAGGGGUCCAGCCCACUGGCUGAGACUGAGAAGAAGGGCUCAGAGCACUAGGCAGAGACUGGUGUGUUAUGUCCCUGGGGGAGUGUUCUAGAAGCCAGAAGUGUCUGGAGGGCAAAACUGUUAGAUCCUUGUGAUUCUUGAUGCUUCUGGCCACUAUGUCCCAGUCACUUGCCUCUUUCUCUCCUGCUCAUUGCCGAGCAAAUCCAAUUUUGCUGGCUAGGUCAAAUUCCCUUAUUCUCGUUUCCUUCCGAGGUGUCUUUCACACCUCAAGCCCGGUUCCAGAUACCCUAAGAACCAAGCAUCUAGAAUUCCAUUCCUCCCCUAAGGCCCUCUUUCCUGGACCACCCCCUGCCAGGAGCUGGAAGGCCCAGUCAGUGCAAGCCCUCUGAUUAGCCCUCCCCUUCCAGCCUUCUCGUGGGAACUAGCUGGGAUGGUCCUUUUCUUUCUGCUCUCUACCGUUAACGGCAUUUUCUGGACAAAACUGCCUCCCCCACCCCAGCUCUGGAAGCUCUUAGCCAAGAAGGCAUAUAAUCUUGAUACAGCCCAUGUUGGGGUCUGGUGUCCACAAACCUGUCCUAAUCCUCCUGAAACACUUGGACCUGGGCAGGAGUGGCACCUGCCAGCACUUGGCACAUUGGGAGGGCGUUCUCCAACACCUG